CCGCCUGGAGAACGUCACAGCCGCUCUCUGAUUGGCUGCUCGGCGCUCCUCGUCAGCCGGCAGGGGGCCGCUGUGGGCGGUGCGCGGCGGCUCAGGUUGGCGGCAGCGGCGGAGCAGAGAGCUCCAGGCCGCUCCUUUGUGACAGAGAGGCAGCACAGCAGCAGCAGCAGCAGCAGCAGGAGGAGGAGGACUGUUCCGUGCCGUGCCGCGCCGCGCCCUUUGUGCUCCUCCUGGGACUCACCCGCACGAUCACUGCGCACAGGUAACAACCGGAAGAGACGGAAGAAGUCCCAAACACAGGUGACCGACACCGCACAUCAAGUUUUUUAUUCUGGGGAGGAGGAGGAGGAGGAGAAAGAAGCCGGAGUGGAAACACAGAGAAGACGAUCAGUGCGCUGGAAAUCUCGCAAGUCGCGCGUUUUUUUUGUUUGUUUUUUUUUUAGUGUUUGUUUGUUUGUUCCACUUUGUGCCAAGAACGUGGCGCAGGACGCGACCUCAGGUACGACGGCGCAUUGUUCUCCACUCGGCGAGGACUCAGACCUGGAUUUACCUGACAAACGAGUUCACAGAUAGAAGAAGAAAAGAUUGGAGACCAGUGGAUCCACAGACCCAAAUCUCCAGACGUCGAAGGCGUCCGACUCCAAACUGGAUCCCUCCAGUCCUCACCUGUCCAGCUGAUGGCAUGCAGAUCUCCAACCCACCUGAGAGGACGAGUCUGAAUGGCGCCCUAGACCUCUGCCUCCCGUCUGAGACUCCGCUCUUCCCUCCGUCUUCCUCAACUCGCCACUGAUCCCCACAAAUCCGAUCCGCCGGACAUCUCAACAUGGAUACGGAGACCGAGGACACGGCGGGAUGCUACUACAACCGCACAGUCAAGUUUUUCUACGAGCAGAGCGGCAAGAACAUCAGCGACCACUGGCGCAGCCGCGACUAUGUGAUCGUCACUCUGGGCAUGGGUGUGUGCUUCAUCGUCAUCUUCUCCAACCUUCUGGUCAUAGGCGCCAUUUUAAAGAACCGACGCUUUCACUUUCCCAUCUACUACCUGCUGGGUAACCUGGCUCUGGCGGACCUCUUCUCAGGUGUCUCCUACCUCCACUUGAUGUUUCAUACGGGUCCCUGGACCAUUAAGCUGUCUAAGUACCAGUGGUUUGUGCGGCAGGGGCUGAUCGACACCAGCCUGACGGCGUCGGUCCUCAACCUGCUGGCGGUGGCCGUGGAGCGCCACCAAACCAUCUUCAACAUGCAGCUGCACAGCAAGAUGAGCACGCGGCGUGUUUUCAUCAUCAUGCUGUUCAUCUGGGUGGUGGCCAUCAUCAUGGGCCUGGUUCCCACCAUGGGCUGGCACUGCCUGUGCGACCUGGAGAACUGCUCCACCAUGGCGCCGAUGUACAGCCGCAGCUACCUGGUGUUCUGGGCAGUUCUCAACCUGCUGACAUUCACCAUCAUGUUGGCCGUCUACACCCGGAUCUUCCUCUACGUGAAGCACAAGAGCAAGCAGAUGUCGCAGCACACCACCCAGAUGAGACACCGGGAGACGGUGUUCAACCUGAUGAAGACCGUCUCCAUGAUCCUGGGUUUUUUUGUGAUCUGCUGGACGCCCGGCCUGGUGGUUCUGCUGCUCGACGGCCUGGGCUGCGAAGAGUGCAAGGUGCUGCGCUACGAGAAGUACUGCCUGGUGCUGGCCGAGUGCAACUCCUUCGUCAACCCCAUCAUCUACUCCUUCAGGGACAACGACAUGAGGAGGACCUUCAAGGAGAUCCUGUGCUUCCUGUGCCGGCGGGGCCACAGCAAAACCAACAACUCCGGAGUUCACUUUAACACCCUGGAGCACGAGGUACUGUCCGAGAGCAACGGACCCGACUACAGCAAUCACAAACAAAACAACCACUCUGCUCACAAAGGACUGUCAGAGAUAAAACCCCUGAAAAACACACUGAGACAUGCAGCGCGACCUUGACAGCCGCUACAGAAACAGCCUCACAGUUACGCACGGACAGACUUGUCCGAGUCGACAACAAGCGCAAAAGUAAAAACAUCCAUCUGCCAAUCAGAUUCAAAGAAAAAAAAACACCUCAUCAUAACACGUCUUUGUUUUCAACCUUAGUCGCUUCAAGCAGAUGUAAUUGAUUUUUUUUAUCAUUUUUAUUAUCAGCGUAUCACAGAAGUUGUGAAAAAUAAUUAGACAUGUGAAAGCUGUCACUCAUAGUGACAAGAGACGCAAACUUACCACCUAAAUCUGCAGCUUCCCGUCAACUUUAAAGAGUUUUAUAGUGAGUUUCAGCUCGAUUUCCAGCAUUGAAUUGUUUUGAUUCACUCUCACCAUUCUCCUAGUGUCAUUUUUUGGCGGCAACAGACAACCGUUGUCAGGGAUAAAGCUCUGAACGGCCCCUAUACAUUCGCCAAACAGCAGACAGACGGAGUUAGCAAGUAGCUGCUGAACAUGUGAAUGAACAGCAGUCACUCCUAUUGAUCGUCUCCACCCCAGAUCGACUCCGAACAUGCUAAUGCUCGUCAGUCUUUGGGUGCGAUGCUAUAACUCACGUUGACGUUAAGGCUGAACCUCCUCUGGAUGUAUUCUGUCGAGGACGGACGUGUCAGUAUUUUUCUGUUGUUUCCACUAAUCCCUGUGAUUCUGCACCAAAACCAGAAAGGCAAACUCGUGCACCGGCUGGAUUUACACCCGAUUAAAGGAGACAGACGUUUCCCUCAGGAGGUGGUAGAGACCAAACACAGAGCCAAAACAGACUGAAUGUUGGUUUUACAUUUGAGAAAUAUGACUCCAAAUGAGUGAUAACGUGCGCGUUAUAACUGCUGGAUGUGUAAAUAAGCAGCUGUGUGCUAAAAACUUCUAUCAUGUCAACUUAAUGAGGAUAUGUCAGCGUGUGUCCCGCCCCCAAAUGACCAAAACAGUCAAUCAUUGCUGUCUUGCAGCCCGUUUUCGUUUCUUUAGUUAGACUUGGAGUGUCUCAUUUAUUGUGAGGUGCAGUGAUCAGUGCCAAAUACCUUUCUUUUAAAUAUGUGCAGGGACAUAAAAUAGGUUUAAACACACUUUGUACACUUCUCACGUCACUACAGACUGAAAAUUGUGAACCUGGUGAUUGACUAACGAGAGCAGAUCCACUGAUGGCAGCCUGGACUAAAAACAUCCACAAUGAUACAUGAAAAUGUGGUGAUUUAUUGUGUGAAAGCGACCGGUUUGUGCAUUAUAGACUGGUUUUUUUUUUGGGUUUUUUUUUGUACCCGGUCGCUGCUUCAACCAGAUAUCAACAAACACCUCCGCUUUUUAGGUGCUCUUUGUGUCUGUGUGUGCGUAGUAACACUGUUGGAUAUGAAACCUCCAACUAUGAUCUGUGCUGUGCUGCAGCGUCAGUGUGUGAACAUGUAAUGACUCAUUCGUGCCGCAUCGCUUCACGCUCAUUGGACUGAUGUGACAUCAACACGUUGUUGUCGAGCUCUGUGCUGCCUGAAACACUGCAUGUACUGUACAUGAAUUAGUGGAGAAACUAAAGCAGAGAACACAAAAACCUGCUGGUGGGGAAACGCACGCAACUCUGUGAACCUGCUCGAGAAAGUGCGCCGACACUGUGGCUGCAGAUAACGGAUUGCAGCCUGGUGCCGGUUGUCUGAGAUUUAUUAUCUAACACUGUCACGACUGUCGAGCAGAGUUUAUCAUCAUUGCUUCAGUUCCUGUCAAACACUUAUGAACUCGAUUAACCCGAGCUGGUAGAUUUCAGAUUGGAUGGUUUUGUUCUCUAAUCCUAAUAACCUUCGUUUGCUUAUAACGUCUCUUCAAAAUACGGUUUGUGAGCGCAGAUCAACUCAGGACGCGCUCGUAAUGCGUCCCAUCACACAGAAUUAUGACACACACGUGUACAUUUGAUCCGGCCGGAAUGUCGAAAUUUCCAUGAUGGAAAGCUUAAGCAAAAACAUCCAUCAAGCGACCUCAGUCGACCUCGUCUAAUCGAGGACUUUAAUGGCCAAACUGCUUGGAACUAUAAACAGGUUUCUGUGCAGGAAAUACCCCGCUGUCUUAUGCAAUCGUUACAGAGUUAACAGCGCUAACGUUUCUGUGUUCCCUGUGCUGUUUGCUAAUGUGUGUGUGUGUGUGUGUGUGUGUUAGAUUGCGUGCUCGUCUUGUACAGUCAUAAACCGGGUCCAGAUGUGUUCUUGUGGGUUGGACUGGGUCAUGCUCCUCGCCACAUUUCCUCUGACUUGUUACUCUGGCAUGUGUGCAUGUUGGAGAUGUUGCACUGUGUCACUCUCCCUCUUACACACAGACACACACAGACACACACAGACACACACGUACCCUGUUAUUGCUGCAAGCAGGAAGUGUGUGUGUGUGUGUGUGUGUGUGUGUGUGUGUGUGGUCUCGUGUGCACGCAGAUCCGUCGCUUUACAUAUUUUUUUUGACGGUGACAUUCAGAUUAGAGAGGGAGGCAGCGUGCAGAGCGUUGGGGCACGUUUGCAUCUCUCCAUGUGUUCAUAGUAAAAUAUGUAGCGAGUCACGCAAAUUGAAAGCAAUUUAGACUUUUUAUGAAUCAUAACAAAUCAUUUACUGUAAGUACUCUUAAAGGGGGAAUACUAUUACCAGAAGCUAUUAAAGGGACACAAGUAUAUUCAAACUAUAUUCUUCAUCGUGAGGUUUCAGAUGCGAGCUGUUUGUUUUGUUUUGACGGUUCAGGAACAUUUUUUUCCACGUUAUUUACAAUCUAUUUUUGUACGAUUGUUACAACUCAUAUGAAUAAAAUGCAUAAAUCUGG